AUGUUUAUCCUUUCAAAAUUUGUCUGGUCACAUCUUGUCGUGGCUGACUCUUUGCAGUCAUAUACUCCUCCUUGCCAUGAUGAUGAGAUCUCUGCCUUACUGCAAUUCAAGCAAAGCUUUGUCAUCAAGAUGUCUGCUUCAAGUUAUGAGGGUGCUUAUCCAAAGAUUUCUUCAUGGAAAUCAAACAGCAAUUGUUGCUCAUGGGACGGGAUCGAGUGCGAUGAGGAGACUCAUCAUGUGAUUGGACUUGAUCUUAGUAGCAGUUAUCUCUAUGGCUCUAUCAACUCCAACAACACCAUCUUCCGCCUUGUUCAUCUUGAGAGCCUCAACCUUGCUGACAAUGAUUUUGAUUUCUCUCAAAUUCCUCAUACCAUUAGGAACUUUCCAAAGCUCAGGUAUCUCAACUUCUCUUUCUCUGGCUUUUCUGGUCAAGUCCCGUCUGAAGUUUCACAAUUGACCAAGUUGUCAUCCCUUGAUCUAUCUCAAAAUAUUGACAUGUUUUCUAAUGAUGAAUUGUUAAGAAGCUUAGCUCAAAAUUUAACUGGCCUACAAACACUUGAUCUUUCUAAUAUUAACAUAUCAUCCACGAGAGAGAUUCCUGAGUCAUUAUUCAAUGUAGCAAGUCUCGAGAGACUUCUUCUAGCUUAUAAUAAUCUCAGUGGUAGAGUGGAGUUCCUCAAACUUCUUAAGCUACCAAAUUUAGAGUGGGUCGAUCUAUCUGGUAACAGCUUGGAUGUGAUCACUGAAACCAAAACUAUGAAUGCAUCUAGCAUUGCAAGGUUAGAGUAUCUAGGAUUGGGUUCGUGCAACAUAAGUGAGUUCCCAAAUUUCUUAAGAUAUCAAAAUACAUUAAUGUACUUGAACCUUUCUGGGAACGGAAUGCAUGGCCAAGUACCAAAAUGGAUGUGGAACACGAGCAGAGAGUCUUUGGGGUUCUUGGACAUUUCUCAUAACCUCCUUUCAGGCUUUGACCAGCCUCCAGUUGUCCUUCCCUGGGUUGGACUAGAGGGGCUAGAUCUUUCGUUCAACAAGCUUAGUGGCCCAAUGUUGGUACCUUCGUUACAAUCCCUGAUGUUCUAUCACAUUUCAAACAACAAAUUAACUGGAGAAAUUUCACCUUUGAUUUGUAAUGCCAGUUCUCUUAUUUCCCUUGAUGUGUCAAGUAACCAUUUGAGUGGUAUGCUUCCGCGGUGUCUACAAAACUUCAGAAGUAAUCUUCAAGUUUUAAGUGUUGCAAACAACUAUUUUCAUGGCACUCUUCCUCGUAUAGGCACCAAUGGAAGCGAUUUGAUCAUGAUUGAUGUCAGUCGUAACCAACUGCAGGGGAAAUUACCGAGGUCAUUGGUGAAUUGUUUAAGCCUCGAGUCUCUCGUUCUGUCUAGCAAUAAGUUCGAUGAUGUAUUCCCCGUUUGGUUGGGAACUCUUCCGGAAUUAAAAGUUUUGGCAAUGAGGAAUAGUGGGUUCCACGGUGCUAUUCCGAGAUAUCAAAGCAAUCACGAUGGUUUCCCCAAUUUGCGCAUCCUUGAUCUGUCUCAAAAUAAUUUUACUGGUCAGUUUGCAUUUGAAUUCAUCCUCUCUGGAAAAUCAAUGAGAGGUAUCCAUCUAAACGGAUCGGCGUACAUGAAAGCAUUUGGACUCAAGUCUUAUAGAGGCGGCGACCGUGAUAGGUAUUAUACAGCUAGUUACAGAUUUGAGUACUCAAUCACGCUGAUGAAUAAAGGUUUAGAGAGAUAUUUCCAAAAGAUUCGCGAAGACUUUAUGGCCAUCGAUCUGUCGAGCAAUAGAUUUGAAGGCAAGAUUCCAGAAUUUUUUGGGAACCUAAAGGGGCUUCGCUCACUUAAUGUAUCCAGUAACAUUCUAAGUGGCCGCAUCCGACCAUCCUUGGGAAACUUGACAAAUCUUGAAGCUUUGGAUCUUUCACAUAACAAGUUCGAGGGUGAGAUCCCUCCAUUACUGUUGCAGCUUUCAUUCCUCCAAAUUUUCAGCGUCUCGCACAACAAUCUCACAGGUCAAAUACCGGUUGGAGACCAGUUUAGUACCUUCGGCAUCACUUCAUAUGAGGGAAACCCAGGUUUGUGUGGAUUUCCAUUGCCAAAGAAAUGUUGGCGUUCUGAGGAGGGGCCUGAACUUCCACCUUCAACAGCAGAAGAAGAAGAUGGAGUUGAAUUGGAUUGGAAAUUUGCCGCGGCGGGGUUAGUGAGUGGGUUGGUGGUGGGAGUGGUUCUUGCAGACUUUGUGAUCACGAGGUUCAGUGAGCGGUUCAUUGAGAUUGUUGCAUUGCUGAUCAGACUGAUGAAAAGGAUGGCAAGGCCCAGAGGUUGA